AUGUACACCAAAAUCAGCAUGGUCGGCGAGGGCACGUAUGGAAAGGUAUACAAGGCUCGCAAUAAGGAAACGGGUCAGAUCGUCGCGCUGAAGCGCAUGCGCAUCGACAUGGACCGCGAGGGCUUCCCGAUCACGGCCAUGCGCGAGAUCCGGCUUCUGCGGCAGCUGCGGCACGAGAACAUCACGCAGGUGCUGGAUGUGUGGCUGCCAGAGCCUGCCCACAAAAAGUCGUUGAUGUUGCAGCUGCUGGACGGCCUGGCGUUCAUGCACGAGCGCGGCAUCUUGCACCGCGACAUCAAGGGGUCGAAUCUGCUAGUAAACCAGGCCGGCCAAGUAAAGUAUGUGGACUUUGGGCUGGCGCGUUCGUUCCACCACGCGCACAUGCACGAGUUCACCAACCGCGUCAUCACGCUGUGGUACCGCCCGCCGGAGCUGCUGCUGGGCACCACGCUUUAUGGCCCCGAGGUCGAUGUGUGGUCGCUCGGGUGCGUUAUGCUGGAGCUGUUCAUGAAGAAGCCGGCGUUCCAGGGCCAAAACGACAUUGACCAGCUCGAGCAGAUCUUCAAGAUGCUGGGGUCGCCCAGUCCGGCCGUGCUUGACUCGUUCAAGAAGCUGCCGUGGGCGUGCUACAUGACACCCACGGCCAACUACGAAAACAGGCUGCGUCAGAACAUGUGCGCUCGCAUGUCACCGUGUGCCUUGCAGCUGGCCGAGGACAUGCUGGCGCUGGAUCCGAAGGUGAGGCCGUCGGCGCGCAAGUGCCUCGAGAGCCCGUACUUUGCUAUGGAAGCGCCAGGACCCGUCAUGGUGACUGAGUUCCCGGUGGCCGGCGACUGGCACGAGUACGAGUCCAAGGCGGAGCGCCGGAACAAGCGUAGGCAGCAGCAGGCGAUGAGCCGGAGCCACUCACAUGCCUCGGUCAAAUGA